AUGACCCCAGAACCAUUGAGAGAGGAGCCAAAGGUUGAUGCCGCUCCCGGUCUAGGAGUUCCAGACUUCCCGCCACCGGCAGCGCCAGAGCCGGAACUGCAGCCGGAGCCAGAGCCACGGCCAGCGACCCCGCCACCACUACCUCCACGUCCUGGACCACGGCCACGGCCACUGACGCCGCCUCCGCUACCGCCACGGCCACACGCUCAGGCUCGCGUGAGAGCUAGGGAGGAUUCGCCCCCACCAAGAGCACUGGGCCUUCCGCAGAAUAUGGAAUGGAUUCAUCAGUUCAGAAGAGCUAGAGGAGACCAGCAGGUGAGAAAGAUUUUGUUCGCCAAUUGA